AUGGCUCCUACAAGUAACGAGUCUAACUAUCCUCAACUACUCUAUCCAAAGGGAAAAGCACCAAGUCAAAAGAAAAGCAUGAGUUUCUACAGCUACUUGUCAAAUUUUCAAAUGGUUAAAGUAGGAGUUGGAAUCGAUGCAUGGGAAGCGUUGAAAGAAUCCGCAGUUGGUGUUUUCUUAAUGUUUUAUGAACAAGAUCACAUAUUUAGUGCGAAGUUGGUCCACUACAUUCUAACUCAUCAACUCGUAGUGAAGAAGUAUUAUGAGAUAUGGUCAUUGAUUGAUUGGCAGCCAAUUCGUCUAUCAUUGAUAGAGUUUGGAGAGAUUACUGGGUUGAAUAUUGGACCGUUUGAUGUUGGAGACACUUUUGAUAUUGAUCACAGAGAGUUUUGGGAGGAAUUACAUGUUUCUCCAGUUGUUGGUCCUAACUUGGUUGAGCUGCGGGAGGUAUUAGAUAGAUGUAAGAGCUGGUGUUUUGAAAAAAGGAGAAGCGUUGGAUGGUUGUGUAUUUUGCACAUUGCUGUCUACGGCAUAGCUCCAACAGCUAGAAUUCCUUUGGAGGCUGCUAAACGAGUACUUAAUGCUGACGCUUUUGAGAGAUAUCCGUGGGGACGUGUUGCUUGCAAGAGCUUGAUACACUCUAUUAAGUGUCUCAAUUACCACGCCAAAGAAUCCUAUACAGUGGAAGGAUUUGUUUAUGUAUUACAAAUAUGGGCAUAUGAAGCUAUUACUGGCGUAGGAGAACUUUAUGGGAAUAGAAUUGAUGGCGCCAGAGUUCCAAUGCUAUCAUGGGGUGGAUCACGUCCGCGAUUUGAGCCUAGCGAGUUUCUUAGACAUGAGAAAGAAGCUCAUGAUAAUAAGGUGCGUGUGAGACAUUUUCUUUCCCUCAUGGAUGGAAAUGUCGUUCCUAAUUGGGAUAAGGAGGAGAACGAUGAAAAGGUAACCAUUCUGGUUCGUGAUAUACUUGAUGAUCAUAUCAUUCCAACUGCUUGGGAUGUCUUGGAAUCUCAAGUAUGCAUGAGAAAGAAGCGUAAAGCAUCUGUUCCCAUAAUUAAUUCUCACUAUUCCACAAACGCAAAAGUCAAAGAUCAACAAGCAAAUGGUGAUGACGAAAGGGGAGGUGCUUCAAAUGCUGCUGGAAAUGUAACGCAAGACAAUGACGUUUUUGGCAUGUUGCAUAAGCUGACUGAUAAAGUUGACAGCAUGGGAGCAGACAUUUCUAAUAACCUAUUGGCAGGAUUGGAUGCAGCGAUAGAAACAAAACUUGAUGCUGCAAUCGAAACAAAGCUUGAUGCUAGACUUAAUCCCCUAACUGAGAUGAUGGCGGCAUUUGAGAAAGAGCUAAAGAAGUUGCAAGGAAAAAAUGUAGUUGAUAUCAGUGAAGAAGGUGAUAACUCCAACAUCAAUGAAGAUGACGAAGUCUCAAGUAACCCGACUUGGAUAGUGAAGAUGAAAGCGACAUCCGAAGAUGAGCUACCAACACAAUGUGUUGUUAAGAAUGAUAAGAAGGCUAGAAAAAACCUUGUACAACUACGUCGUACACCAAUAAAAAAAAUCGACAUACAAGUACCAACACUCCUUGAUACAGCUUCAGGGGAAACAUGGCCAGAUCCCAUUCAGCGUAAGAUAUUCAAAGGAGUUGAUGCAAGUUUAGAUGAAAUUGCAGAAGCGGCUAAGAAGCGCCUAACGAAGUUAGCUCCGAGUCAACAAUUUCCAUUCGUAGGAAAUUCAACAGUGAAGCGCAUCAUCACAGGAGUAACUCCAUCACAGGAGUAA